AUGGAUCCAGAUGCCGAGUUCAAUCUACUGACCACACUCUACCAGAGCGUGGUUCAUGAUAUGAAGCACACGUAUCCUGGAUGGGAUGCACUAGGUCAAAAAGCUCAAAAACUUGGGACACAACUCAGAGCGACAGCACAGUGCCUCUCUUCAUUCACGGAAGCCAUGCAGCUAGUCUGUGAUAAUGCUAAUAAUCUCAAAGGUAGUCUAACCCAUUCAAGUUUCUUCCAAACGAAAAAAAAUUCUUCAGGAGCCUCAAGAGAUGUGGGAGCAUGUGUAACGCGUGUGUGUAUCAAACAAAGAGCCAUAGAAAAUCGAAUGAGAUCUUGGGCAGAUGCGUUAUGUGAAGAGCUAGCGAUCAGUUUGCAACAGAGAGGAAAUUACUGGAAAGGAAGGUGCAGCGAUAUGGAUAAGAUGGCAUCGAAACACGUGAAGAAGGUUCGAGCAAGAAAGCAGAGACCAGAUGUGACGGCGAUGAGUGACAAAAGAGAAAUAUGUACGAAGGUGCUGACAGAACAACGGACACAAUUCUCAUUCUUCAUUCAAACACUUAUGCCAGUUCUGAAUGCACAAAUGAAUAUGCUAGACGAGGGAGCGCAUUUGAGACAAGUAGUUGAAAAUCUAGACAGUACAGUGAAGCAUGUGGAUACAGAACAACUUGUCUCAUCUAUAGUCUCUGAUAUUGCUCAAGGUCCAGACUCGGCUUGGAAACAGUGUCUGGCGCAGGCUGGCAAGAAAUGGAUGUCCAGUGAAGAUGGAUAUUCGUACAUGGGAUCUAUUCGGGAUUUAUCAACACGAGCCACAACUCCUGCGAGAACAACCAGGUCCAUCUCAACUUCAUGCACUAGAAAUCUUCCGCUUCUGACGAACACUGUACUGGAUUCUUCAGCUAGUUCAGUGGUUUCAAGUUCUACUCGAUAUUCAAAACCGCCUCUUCAACGUAGAAAUAGUGAGAAGAGUAUUGGUCACUAUUCCAUGUCAUCGCCUAACACUGAUGGAUCUUCUACUUAUCUGAAUCUAAUGGGAAACGGCGCUGCAAAUUCGUCAUCGAACACGAUAACAGAAAUGUCUCAAUAUCAACAAAAUGGACAUCAUCAGCCAGUAAUGCGUACGAAUUCAGCUAAUACAAAUACAUCAAUCGGUACAACUCCUACUGUCUAUCAUCCUGCAACACCAGCCACUUCAUCCUCCUGUGGCCAACCUGAAAUGUCUUCUGGAAGUUCUGGAACAUCUACAAGCGCUUUUCUCAUCUCUGAAGCGUGCCGCGACAUUGACCAGCUUGGUCAUUUGAGUGAUCUAGAAAACUAUGGAGCAACACAGGAUUCCACGCGAUACUUUUUGCAUGAUGUUCCGUCUCACAACACUCAGAAGAAUGGUACGAACGCAUCGUCGACAGCUCACGUGGCAGCGAUGAUACAACGAAGAGCUUCUCAAGCGGGAGAAUAUGCAGGCCACCAAACGAAUACUGAUCUUGGAAAACGUGCAUCUGUCUCAACGCUAGGAAGUUCAAGUAUAAGUAAUUAUGGUUCUGUAGGACAUCCACCACCGCCCAAUCAGGCACCAAAUCAGCCGGUUAGAAUGAGAACUACAUCCGCAUCUCGACCUCCACCACCUGCCCGUCGUUCAUCUCAAAUAACUGCCGCUACGCCAACAGCUCCGUCAGUUGCUGAGCAACGGAUGAACGGGUCGAUGGGUAGCCGACAAUCACUUGAUUCGGCUGGUCUCUAUGAAUCUGAAAUGCCACACCCUCAACAUUUUUACCAAAUGUCUUCCUUCAAUCGACCGACCCCUGCGAGUGUAACAGCAUCAGCCGCAGCUGCUGCAAAGUUCCGAAUCUGA